GCUCUAUAAAAAAGAAAACAGGUGCUGUUAAAGUCACUUAAGUCUAAAACGAUACUUACUCUUUUAUAUAACAAUUAUAUGCAAUCUCUUAACAUUUCUCACUUUAUAAGAAAUUGUAAUUUUAGAGGAAAAUGUCGACCACUAUAUCUGCAUCCAAAAAAAGAAAAUCUACAUUAGACACAACUGCUUCAUAUUCAGUAAAUAAUGCAAAAAAGAAUAAGAUGUCUAAAUUACCCCAAAAUCCAGAUGAUAAAAUACAUGUGAUGAAGAAGAGAGAGCAGGUUGAAGAGUCAGAUACAUCAUCUGAGGAAAGUACCGUUGAAGAAUCUGAAGAUGAAGGUUCAGAUACACAAGAGACUGAAGCUGAUGAAUUAGUAACAGUUAAGCAAGAAUUAUCAAAUAUGUCUUUUGAAGAACUAAUACAGUUGAAAGAGAGACUUGGUUUAAAAGUGUAUAAUCAGGUGGUUCAUGGAGAUAAAGUAAAGAAGCCUACCUCUAAAAGAGUUUUUAAAAGAGAAAACAAGAACAGACCUAUGGAAAUGUCAUCUAAAAGACCAGUGCGGUUAAGCAAAGAAAGUGAUCCAGCUAAGAAGAAGAUGACCAGGGACCCCAGAUUUGAUGAUCUGUCUGGGGAGUACAAUGAGAGCUACUUUAAAUCUAAUUAUUCUUUCCUAUACGAUAUAAAGAGUCGAGAGAAGGAGAAAAUCAAGAAGACUAUGAAAAAAGAAAAAGACCCUGAAAAGAAAGUGGAACUUAAGAUGCUAUACAACAGAAUGGACCAACAAGAACAAUCAGAGAAACAGAAAGACAAAAGGAAAACAUUGGAAAAAGAAUGGAAGAAAAAGGAACAGUCACAAGUCAAGGAAGGAAAGAAGCCAUUUUUCUUAAAGAAAACUGAUCUACGCAAGCUUGAAUUGGCAGAAAAAUACAAGGAGUUGCAGAAGAGUGGAAAACUAGAAAAUUAUCUUAGUAAAAAGAGAAAGAAGACAGCUCAAAAAGAGAAGAAGAAACUUCCAUUAAUGACAUAAUUAUUCUAUUAUAUGCAUAUCAAUUAAAUAUUUGAACAUCUUUA